AGAAGAAGCAAAGCAGCAGGCAGAAAGCCGAAGACUUUGAAGUCAAUUCCGUACAAUUCUGUUGUUUUUAAUCUUUCUGAAAGAAAAACCAAAACCAAACUGCCACAGCAACUCAACACUUAACAGAAACAUACACAGACAGUUCAAUUAAUCCAAUCAAAAAAUUGUAACAUUCUCAAUUCAUAAAAGGAUAGGAUGAUCGUCAUCAGCAGAGCAGCAGAAGACGACUUGUCAGUGCCAGUGGGGUUCAGAUUUCAUCCCACAGAUGAAGAGCUGGUGACCCACUACUUGAAGAAGAAGCUGAAGGGCAUGGAUUCCCAUGUCAGCAACAUCAUCCGAGAAAUUGAUAUCUUAAAGUUCGAGCCUUGGGAUUUACCUGAGAGAUCGUUGCUGAAGUCGGAUGAUGAGAAUUGGUUCUUCUUCAGUCGACCAGAGUACAACAAGCACAAAAAAAACAGGACCACGCAGGAAGGCUUUUGGAAGAUCACAGGCAGAGAACAUCAGAUCAAGGCUCGAGACAGCAGAAGUGUCAUCGGUAGAAAGAGGAUUCUGACCUUUUACAGAGGUCGUGUUCGUAGUUCCGAAAGGACCAACUGGGUCAUGCAUGAGUAUUAUAUCCCUAAUGACAAUCCUAAUGCUCAGAGGGACUUCGUUCUCUGUCGCUUAAAGAAAAAUGUGAAAAAAUCAGAUGAGAAUGCUGAUGUUGCAGCAACCUGUGAUGAAGGUGAAACUCACAACGCAUCUGAUGUAGAAAAUCAACAAGUAAAUGACAUGAAUAUGGAAGAUAAUCGGCCACCAGAAAAUCUGGACUAUUUUGAGCGGGAAAGGGAUCGUUUGCUUGCAAAUUCCCUUAGUAAUAAUGAUCACAACGCAUUUCCAACCGAAUUUUCAGCUAAUGACCAAGAGUUCUUAAGAACGCUUAUUGUUGAACCACAAUCUAGAGAAACCAGUGACACAGACAGGGAACCAGUCUAUCACCAGGCUUUGGAAACUUGCUCAUUUUUUGGGACAUAUUUCUUUCAUGUCCAGAGUUUACAAAUGCGUUGUGAACCACAAAUACCGUAUGAACUACUACAAUAUGGUUCGAGCCAGUCCAGACGAGAUACAGAUGUUAUACUUCAUAACCAGUUAUCCAGACAGGCUUCUUCCUCUGUCAAUGUAGCAUCCAAAGCUGGUACAUAUCAAAGAGAACACAGACCACAACAGCAAUCAGGUCCCAUCAUUGUCUUUAGGGAUACUUCCGCUGACGAAUAUUAUACAAGGGAAAAAACACGCAGAAUAACAUAUCCACCAGAAAAGCCCAAAGAACCUGAAAAACCUAAACCUAAACCAGAAAAGCCCAAAGAACCUCCAUAUCCUCGAACUGCUGCUGAUUUUCCCCCGAAGCAGAUCUCUAUAACAAAGUCUAGCAUAGACAAGAAGGUGCCUCAAGGCAGUAUGGAGCAGACACAGAAUAGAACAACACCCAGAAAUUGGAAGGGUUCCUUCAUUACCUGGCAAACAUCCCCGUUGACAAGCCCCCCGUCAGUCUACAUUUUCAACACGGUUCUAGGCGCGAUUUUGUUCUUGUUUUGUGUCCGGGAAGUAGUUUUAUAUGGGGAGUGGUGCUAAACUCACUCACCAGAAAAUAGUUAAUUCUUGUUCCCUAUAUUCUGUAACACAUUGAGUAAUGCCAGUCUUACUGGGUACUUAUUGUUUGGUAUAAAAAUAUGCGCUAAUCUCAGCCAUGGCGAUGGCUUUGCAGUGAUGAAAUGUUCAUAUAUGCCUAUAGAGAUUAACAGUCUUUCUUUCUACUGACCAGAUGUAAGGAUGUAUUGAAUUGUAUUGCUGGAGUUUCGAAUAUAGCAGUGUUUGCGUUAUGUUGAAUUGUUUGGAACCUUCAA